CGACAAUGCCGACUUCAGAGAGGUCCAAACGCAAGCGAAUCGAAGAAAACGAGAAGCAAGCAAGGCAAUGCAGACGGCUGUUCCAAUUCUUCAGCAGGCCAGAAUCACCAUCCCUCUCGAGAGCUGAUGAAUCCCAGGAGGAGGAGAUGUGUUCUUCACCAAUGCCACUGCCAGACAUCGAUCUUCUAGAUUCAACUGCAGAGCCAAGCACCCCUUUAGAGUCUAGGACAGAGUCAAGUGCCCUCCCUAACCUUCACGAUUCCAGGACCCAUGCUACAUCUAGCCCAGUGACUGACCGUACCAGAAACAACUCGGGACACAAGAUGAACUUUGACCCUAAUUGGCAGAUCAACCGACCCUGGCUCAUCAAUGAAGUGGAGUACAGCAGUGAUGGUUUUUCCUUUGAUGCUAUGUACUGCAGCCUCUGCCGUAAAUGGGACACCAAAGGCCGUAACAACAGCAAGGUCUGGAAUACUACAGGUUGCGUUUCCACCCGCCUAGAUGUUGUCACCAAGCACGAGUCAUCUGAGAUGCACAAAGAUGCAGUGUUCAAAGAGAUGGCAAUGGACAAAGGCAUUGAGGCAGCAUUUGAGACCAUGAACAAGAAAGAAAUCCAGGCCUUAAAGGAUGCCCAGAAAGUCUUGUACUUCCUGAUCCAGCAUAAUCUACCAUACCUGACCCUGUACGAGCCAUUGAUGGAUCUUUGCAUCGCACUAGGAGCCACAAAUCUCCAACAUCUGCCCAACACAAAGAAUGCAACUUACAGAAGUGCAGCCACAGCCACAGAGUUCCUCGACUGCCAGGCAGAAGUUGUUGAGACCAGAGUGUCUGAAAGUAUUAAGACAAGCGAGUCCUAUGGUUUGAUGGUGGACGAGUACACGGACAUCAGUGCCAGGAAACAUUUGGCCAUGGUGUGCAGAUUUGUCGACAACGGAGCAUCCAGGCUGGCAUUUCUCCAGGAUGUUAAACUUUCAAAUGGGGAAGCUGAGACCAUUUACUCCGCAAUGAAGGGUUAUCUCGCCUCCAAGGAAAUACCCCUGCGAAAGAUGACAUCCUUUGCCAGUGAUGGGCCUGCAGUAAUGGUGGGGAAGAGAAAUGGGGUGGUUGCCAAACUUCAACAUGACAACCCAGAAGUUCUGCAUCUUCAUUGCAUGAAUCAUCGACUGCAGCUUGCUGUAUCAAAGGCCUUCAAGUCCAUCCCCAUGAUAAGCAACACAGAUGAGCUGCUCACAGCACUUUUUAAGUACUACCAUUACAGCACAGUCCGUUCAGAGAGCUUGCAGGCCAUUCAGAAUUUGAUGAGGGAGACGGGAGAGUUAGAAAACCAAAACAACAUCACGGUGAAGAGGGCUGUACACACAAGAUGGUUAAGUCAUGAGGCAGCUGUUCAGACUGUUAGGAAGUUGUAUGCACCCAUACUGACUGAUCUUGAAAAUGCGGUUGCCUCAGGACGGGAUAAAGUCAUUAGAGAUGGAAAGGGAACCCCAGCAAGCAGCCUCCUUAAGAUGCUAAAAAACUAUGACAAGCUGUACUUUAUCCAUCUCCUUUGUGACAUUUGCACAUCCUUGGCCUCCCUUACCAGGACAUUCGAAAGGGAAGAUGUGGAUCUUUCAAUUAUUGAAUCGAGGGUAACAGCAACACUUUCAACCCUUAGGAAAAUGAAAGAGAGAGACCCUCCCUUUACAAGCAAAGUUCCAUCUGUUGCACAGAGUUUGGGAAUUGCGACCAAGGAUGACACUCACCAGACAAUUCAGGCAGCCAAAAACCAGUUCAUCGACAACCUGACGAGCAACAUUGAGGACAGACUGGAGAAUUCCUCCCUGAUUGACAGCCUUUCUGUUCUCAACCUCAGUGCAGUUGACCCAAACAACCUUGCUUUCUAUGGGGAUGCAGCUCUUUCCUCCCUAGCAAACCACUUCAACCUGGACGAGGAACUCACAUUACAUGAGUGGAGUGAAAUGAAAGAGUUUUUUAGGAGCAGCCUGGAGGUGUGCACCCCAAAGUACUUGCUAGACACCCUGACAAAGGCAAGAGCAACAACUGGAGAAAUGUUUCCAAACAUCAGGAGGCUGUUGGCUAUUGCAGAGUCACUGAUCAUCUCCACUUCUGCAGUAGAGAGGGUUUUCAGCAGAGUGAAGCUCACAGUAACCACUCACAGGAACCGUUUAUCUGUAAACACUGUCAGUAAGCUGUUGACUGUGGGCCUCAACACCAACUCAGUUGAAGACCUAGACCUGGAAAAGGUUGUGAAACUCUAUCUGAGUAAGAAGAAUAGAAGAAUCCUCAGAGUCCAGCCUUCAAGUUCCAAGUGA